AUGGAACAGAACAAAGUAAUGCUAAUUUAUGACAACUACGAUAUACUUUGUAUAAAUGCAGAUAACGAGAGAUGUGAAAAUAAGUUUGAACUAUCAAUUAAAGAUAAUGAGAAAAAAAUAUGUAUGCUUAAAAAUGGAAACUUUUUAAUUUUAAAUGCAAAUAGAAAAAUUAUAACACAAUAUUCAUCCGCAAAAAGUAAUGCAAUAUAUACAAAACAUUUACGAGUAUAUAUAAAUGUAAUUAAAUUAACAAAAAAUGAAAAAUUAAUUUUUGGGGGUGAUAAAACAGGAAAUAUAUAUAUAUGGUCUUCUAUAACAGGACUAUUAGUUAGUUCAUUUCAGGCACAUUUUGGAUGUAUAAAAGAUAUAAUAAUUGAUCAAACAUUAAAUGUUGUAUAUACAUAUAGUGAUGAUAAUAUAAUUCAUGUAUAUAAUUUACAUGACAUGUUAAGAAAAAAAAGUGCAACUAAAUCAAUGCUAUUUUAUCAACAUGAUAUAAAUACAAGUAUAAAGCAAAUUCUUCCAAUAACACCAAAUAUAUAUGAUUCAUAUUUUACAUUAAUUUCUUUAACUAAUGAUGGAAGUUUAUAUAUUUGGGGACUAAAAACAAAUCAACCAAUACAAAUAUUAAAAACAUAUUCAAUGAAUUGCUCAUAUAUAUGUUCAAACUAUCCAUUUAAUACACACUUAUAUUUAUGUAAAGGCAAGAAAAUAUUCCGAAUACCAAUUCUUAGCUUGCUUGACAAUGAUCAUGGACAUAGUAAUGAAUGCAAAGAGGGUAGAAAACCUCACCUUGCAAACAUAAAUGAGUGUAACAACGAUUAUGUAAAAAUAAUAAAGAAUGAUGAUCAAGAGAAUAAAACAUUUAAGGAUGAAAAAUACGAAAAUUUUAAAGAUAAUAAACUUUUAAAAAAUUAUUCUCAAAGUCAUCCAUAUUUUAAUUUAAAAAAUUUUACUACAUUUAUAGGUCAUAAAAAUGAUAUAAUAAAAUGUUAUGUUAGUGAUAAAAAUCAAUUUAUGAUUUCUUUAGGUAAAGAUGGCUUAAAAAUAUGGGAUAUAUAUAAUUGUUAUCCUAUAAAAACAUUAAAAUAUGGAGAAAAUAUUAUCGAUUUUUAUGUGCCAUCAUAUAAACAGUUUUCUUACUUAGUAGAACUACCAAAUUUAGUUCUUGAGUACGAAGAUGAUACAAAAAUAACUGUUAUUGAUGAGAUUAGUGAAACCAAGGUUCCAGAAGAAUGUAACCAAAUCUUUAAAGAUGAUCAAAGUUUAUUGAUUAAUAUGGUAACUAUAUUUGCACAACAUGGCAUAUAUUAA